UGUCAAAAAAUAGAACAAAAUGGCGGGAAUUGUUUUCGUUUGAGUUGUUUUUGUUGUCGAACUAUUAUAAACUUCAUUUUAAUUUAUAUUUUGUAUAUAAUUCUUAUAAAACACGUAACAAUUUAAGAUGGCAGACAACGAUUUAGCCGACUUAAGGAAACAGUGUAUAACUAGCCUUUAUUUGUGUACAGACAAUGUCGCAAAAUAUUUAGAUAGUGAAAAAGAAGCUGAGUUUGAUAAACUUAAGUUGUGUGUCCAGCAGUAUUGCACUUUAGAAGCCCAACAAGAUGUUACCAUUGAAGCUAUGGAGAGAGCAAAGAAUGAGACUGAUACUUCAAAUGUGGAUACCCUGGAGGAGAGGUUCCACGCUCACUUGAGUAAUUUAGCAGGGAAACGGCUCAGGGUUGACAAACAUCCCUAUAUGACAGAAUUCAAUAAAAGAUUCCAAAAGGGAUUGGAGAGUGCUGCACGUAAUUUAGAUGAAUCAGAUUUGGCCAUUACUGAAUCACAGGAGCAGUAUUUGGAUCCUAUAACAAAAAGACCGGUGACUGAUCCAGUGAAGAACUCAGUUUGUGGGCACAUCUAUGAGAGAGCUUCUAUUAUAAAUUUAAUUUCUACAAAACCUAGAUCUAAAUGUCCAGUGGCAGGAUGUGGCAACCGAGGGCCCAUAACACAUGACCAUUUAAUAUCUGACGAAGAACUCAAGUUCCGUAUGACCAUCACCAAACAUUCCACUAUGAUACAAGAACGAUCCAUCAUGAAUUUAGAUGAAACUAUGUAAUACAGCCUCUUUGGCUAGUCUUGACCAUUCAGUAAAUACCAGACUAUACUUGAUUUUAUUAGCCCUUGGCAAAUACAUUUCGUCCAAUGCUAGUACAUUAAGCUACUAUUAACUGACGAAUUUCUGCAAAAGAUUUUUAAUUUUGUUACUAAAUUGGUAUUAUGGUGGAUAUCACUAGAAUACAGAACUGAUUUUUGAUGAAUGGAUACCAGUUCAAAUUGAACAAUACAGACUUAAAAGGUGACAAUCAUAGCAAGUGUGCAAGGAUGUACAAUAUUAUGUAAAUAAUAGAAAUACAUUUCUUU